CAGGAGUACAUUUCAAUCCGGUUACAAUUCCCACUCCUAUUUCCAGUUCAAACGCCCUCCCAUUUCCCAGCCCCCUCUCAUCAUCUCACAUUCCCUCCAAACAUCCCCGAAUUAAAAAAUUUCGCUCCAUGACAUUUCCAAUUCCAAACCAUACCCAUUCCUAAAAAACAAAACCGCGAGAAACAUCUGGAUGGAGGCAGGAAUGGUAUCAGUGGACCGUUGGUCAGACGGCAGUCAAGUCUAUUUCCUCACUCACCUCCACUCCGAUCACACCAAAGGCCUCUCUUCCUCCUGGAAAUUCGCCCCUUUGUACUGCUCUCGCAUCUCCGCCAAGCUUUUUCCCUCUAAAUUCCCUGAUUUCAAUCUCUCUCUUCUCCGAAUUGUCGAAGCCGGUGUUUGGUACUCUCUUUCCCUCAUCUCCCCAACCUCUAAUUCGCCUGUUACUGUUAAAGUUAUGGCCAUUGACGCUCAACAUUGUCCUGGAGCGUUUAUGUAUUUGUUCCAGGGGGAGUUUGGCUGCAUGCUCUACACUGGGGACUUUCGGUGGGAAAGAACCAGUAAGAAGGCACAAAUCGGAAAAACUAUGUUACUUAAUGCUCUCAGGGAUGUGAAAAUUGACAACCUUUACCUAGAUAACACUUACUGCAAUCCGACAUUUAAAUUUCCUCCUCGUGAAGUUGCUGCUCAGCAGGUCGUUGACAUAAUAAUCUCUAAUCCUGAUCAUGACAUCAUUAUUGGUAUCGAUUCUCUGGGUAAGGAAGAACUUCUACUUCACAUUUCGAAAGUGCUUAAAAUAAAGAUCUGGGUGUGGCCUGAGCGCUUGCAGACAAUGCAUCUACUGGGGUUACAUGAUAUCUUCACAACAAAAACCUCAGUGACUAGAGUGCGGGCAGUUCCUCGUUAUAGUUUUAGCAUUGAGACUUUGGAGGGACUAAAUAUGUUGCGCCCAACUAUUGGAAUCAUGCCAUCUGGUCUUCCAUGGGCAUUAAAUUGGGUUGGGGGAAGUCGAGGUCCUCGACUAUCUUCAUCAUGUUCAGUAUCCCACAGAGACAAAAUUGACCGAAGUUCAAAGAUUGGCGGCUAUAACAGCAUAGAUAUGUCAAAUAUGGAUAUGAAAUCAAUUGAAAGAUAUCAUGAAUUUAUGUAUGCGGUUCCAUAUACUGACCAUGCGUGUUUUGCUGAGAUAAAAGAGUUCAUUGAGCUUCUCCAGCCGAACACCAUCAAAGGUAUUGUAUCCUCAUCUCCUUCCUAUGUUGACCCUCAUUACUAUUUCAGCCACCUUUGUAGAGGAAAUCAACCUUCUUGCAAAUAUCAGAAACUUGAGAGUCACGCUGAACGAAAAAAGGAUGAGAUACGUACCAAAUAUAAUUUUGGAAGCACAAAGUUUGUUGGAGCAGCAAGUGAACAUAGAAGAUUUAGACGAAGUGCUUUGAAUAGUCGGGAGCGAUGGAUUAGUAAGCUGAGAAGAGUAAGGCGUGGUGUAAAAAUUUUGGAAACCAACUGCAAUGACUAAUCAGAUAUUUAAUGUAUAUAUUGAAGUAAAUAGUAAGAUCAAAUUUGAAAUGUGAUAGCUCUCGGCUGUAAGACAUAAUGCCUGGGAAGAUGCUAAUUCGAGGCAGAAGCUAGACGUGUUUGCAGGCUUGUCAUCUUUAGGCUUUAGGCUUAUGUUAUCAUAUUAAUAUUGAUAUUAACCCCGGAACUGAACCUCAUAUGAUGUACCUACAAUAUCGUAUGUUAGGAUAUCCAGUAAAGUUGUUUAAUGUGUUUCCACUUGAUUUAAGAUAUCAUUAAUCUUCCUAGUCAAGGGUCCUUCUUAGGGGGAUGAACUGAUGAAGUUAGACUUAGUUUUGAAUGUCAAUGUAAUGGAAUGUACUAACCUUGUAAAAUAGAUAAAUAGAGAUUAUUGUGCUAAUUACCUCUCCCACUUAAUUAAAUGCUCUUAGUUCUUAGUAUAUAAUUUUUAACCUGGUUAUAGCUUGCUAACAAUUUUGGAGAUUAUAUUCUAUUUUCUGCAUGUGGUGUUUUCUGGCUGUAUAGGCUAUAGACUGUUUUAUUGUUUUUUUUCCUUAAUAUGUUGUAUGUUUAUGCUGUGAUAUCUGACAUAAUUUUCUGCACAUUUUAAAAAGAAAAGAAUUUGAAACAUUUAUGAGGUAUGAAGAUCUCUGUUCAACAUCCAUUUGCUAACUUAAAUUUGAUAGCUUUUUUUUUCCUCGAUUGUUCAUUUGGUUGUCUAUUGUAUUCCCUUAAUAUAUACUUUUCUUGAGUUUAGUCUUGAAUCUGGGUGAAGUGAGUAGACACUUCUAUCUAAAUUAGAUACCGCACCCACAACAAUUGUAAAAUUUUCUCUGGUGGCCAACCUUGAUGACUUGUCAGCUCAACGUGUCUUUUAGAAGAAAAACAUCCCUGAGCUUAUGACUAGUUGACUACUGUCUGGGAUGUAGUUGUACCAACUUUGGUUAUAUUGGCUCUUCAAGUCCCUUCUAAUCUCCUUUGACAAACUGUUGU